CGUUAACCGUUCCAGGCCCGGAGGGUGACAAGGGAGGCUUGGAAGAGCGCAGCGGGCCGGGGCCACGAUGCCCUCGGCAGCCCCGCGCUGGCUGCCCCUGCUAUCUUGGGCGGCUCCGGACGGCCUGCGCGUGGCCCUGGCGGCCGGGAGAGCGGGGUUAAGAUCAGAAGCUCAGGAAGCUACUCCGGCUGCGAGGAGCUGCCGCCUCCCGCAGCCUCCGCGCGCCUCCGGCUCCUCCUUCCGCCCAAGCGUGGCCAAGUGAGCACAGCUCCGGCCGCAGGUAGCGGAGGCGCGGAAGGUGGCGCGCGGGACCCGAGCGGAACGCCCAGGGAGGGGCCGACGGACACGCGGACAGACGGAUUCCCCAAUCCCCAGCCCCGGACCUUAGCGACCAUCCGCGCCGGCCAUGUGGGGAACUGGGGUCACGGCCGAGGGCCUGUCGGUGGCACCGGCCCCGCCACCACUGCUGCCGCUGUUGCUGCUGCUGGCGCUGGCGUUGGUGGCGCCCUCGCGGGGCGGCGGGGGCUGCGCGGAGCUGGCGUGCGGCGAGCGAGAGCGCUGCUGCGACGCGGCCAACGCCACGGCGGUGCGCUGCUGCAAGCUGCCGCUGCAUGCCUUUCUCGACAACGUGGGCUGGUUCGUGCGCAAGCUCUCGGGGCUGCUCAUCCUGCUCGUACUCUUCGCCAUCGGCUACUUCCUGCAGCGCAUCAUCUGCCCCAGCCCCCGCAGGUACCCGCGCGGGCAAGCGCGGCCUGGGCAGGCGCGUCCCGGCACGCCUGGAGACGCCGGGACGCCGGGAGCCGCCGGGCCGCCCGACGACGACGACGAUUCGCCCGCGCUACUGCGGGAUGAGGCGGCAGCCGGCUCUCAGGACUCGCUCCUGGACAGUGGCAGUGGUGGUCGGGGCCGGGGAGGCGGCGGGUUCUCGGUCGCCUCCUGCGCCACGGAGCACGAGCUGCGGUUAGUCUCGCCGGCCUUCUUGCAACUGCCCAGCUACGAGGAGGUCAAGUACCUGCCAACCUACGAGGAGUCCAUGCGGCUGCAGCAGCUCAGCCCCGGGGAAGUCGUGCUGCCCGUGUCAGUGCUGGGCCGCCCUCGAGGGAGCGGCUCCGGGGAGCCCGACGGCGGCGAGGGCCGCUUCCCGCUCAUCUGAGCGCCCGGGACCGCUCGAGGACCACGCGGACACAACUGGGCUGGGGACUGCGGGUGGGACGCCACGUCUGGGAUGGCCGUGGCCGCCGACAACCGCCCGAGACCUCGCCUGCCACCUCAACCUCGUCGCCCAAUCGCCGGUGCCUGGGUUGGGGUCAUGCUCUCCCCGCCCCUCCCCCCUAAGUUUCCCUACGUUCGAGGAAACGUUAGGCACGCGCGGCCGGGCGACCGCAGCGGACGAGCCCGGAGCGCAACUUCGGAGGACGGUCCCCGCCCUCAGACUGGGUUCACUCGUAAGUGCCUGCUUCCCGAAUCGGAGAGAACGGCGAGCCCGCCAGUGCGCGGGGAGAAGGGGCGAGGGGGAAGGGGCGCAGUAGGGGGGAGCGGCGACUGCAGACUGCUGCGCCUGGGGCUGGGGAAGCAGCACGUGGGUUUGACCUAAUGCCUCCCUUGAGAACAACUCCCGAAGCCCCUCCGUGUCUUCCUGGCCAAGCGUAUUUACCACAGCUGAUGGCGCACAGUUUGGUGGGGGAUGCUCGUCAUGUCCUGUUAGCUGCUGUACCUAUUCAAGACUACAGGAAUUACGUUUAUCCAAGACCGUAUUCGUAAUAAGGUACAGCUGGACUUUUGAUUUUUCAGUAACCGAGGAGAUAUUUAUAUUUGUCUUUUAUUUUUGUAUUUUGACCAUGUAUUGAACGUAUCAGGAGGGUAUUUCUGCAGUUAACGACAAGAUUGUUGUCUCACCACCCUUUGUAUGCCUUAACGGCCCGGAAAUUGCCCACACUGUCGUUUUUGUUUAAUAAAAUAUUGGACCUUAUUUCACUUACAAUGGGGGGGGGAAAAGAGGCGUGAUCGAACGAGAAAGCAUGUGACUAAACCAUGAAGGAUAUCUUAUUUUCACUAUUUGAAAAGAAUAAAAUUUUAUUUUUAGUACUGUGAUAUAAUAUAUAACUUUUUAUAAUAACUGUACAUUAUGUUGUCUAAGUCUUAAUUGUAUCAUUUACCACAGUUAUAUGUGACAGUGAUCAAUGCAUAUAGGCCAUACCAUGAAGCAUGAUGCCAUGCAUUUUGCCUCCAUUUUUCAUUUGGGAUACAUUCACAUGAUACAAAACAUGAAAACUUGUGACUUGUAACUUUUGUUUAAAGCCAUAAUUGUGCAGUAAUGUACUACAAAAGGAAUCCGUCAACCU